CCUGACUGGGCUUCAACAUCAGUCCUCAGUUGAAAGGUUCUGAAGAGACCUCUGCAUCUGGAAUUGGAUGACAAGAUGGACCUCAUGGGACUUCUAUCUGUUGUGCUGCUGGUGCCUUUGGGCUACUGCAACGCUUACAGUCCCGUCGAAGACUAUGAUGGUGAUGCUGACAUCUCUGCACUUACGUCUGAGAACUCGACCAUUACCACAACAAUUCUGAGGAUGAAUGAGGGAUCUUUUACUCUGUUGGAAGGAGAUGUGGAAUUUCCAAAAAACAGGAAUGCUAUGAAGUGCUGGCAAAACUCACAGUGUUCCUGGCCAAAGUCUGAUGAUGGAAAAGUACGAAUCCCUUUCAUGCUGAGUGAUAAGUAUGAUUCCGAAGACAAAAGAACCAUUUUAUAUGCCAUGGAGGAGUUCCAUAACAAAACCUGCAUUCGCUUCAUUCCACGUCAGGGUCAAACAGCCUACAUAUACAUUGAACCUCGUUUUGGGUGUUCUUCCAUGCUGGGUUAUUUAGGAGACAAGGUCACAGUGUCUUUACAGAGAUAUGGCUGCAUAGAAAACGGUAUCAUCCAGCACGAACUUCUGCACGCUUUAGGUUUCCACCAUGAACACACCCGCAGUGACCGCGACAAGUAUGUCAAAAUCAACUGGGAAAACAUCCAUGACUAUUAUGCCUACAACUUCAAGAAGAAGGACACAAAUAAUCUAGACACUCCAUAUGAUUAUAACUCUAUAAUGCACUACGACAGGAAUGCUUUUGGAAACUAUCGGUCGGAAACCAUCACUCCGAUCCCUGACCCCUCGGUCUCCAUUGGUCAAAAGGGCGUCCUGUCCACGAUCGAUAUUCUCAGGAUCAACAGGCUCUACAGAUGCUGA